GAAUAUGUGACCUGCGACCUACCACAAGGCUUGGAUAAUGGUAGAAUAGUCCGACUCAACCAGACCCUGGAAUACGGUAGCCUGGUCGAAUAUCACUGUCUACCGGAACACAGGCUGGUCGGGGGGAGCUUCCGGAGGUCAUGUGGCGAGCUGGGCGAGUGGUUGGGUGGAGAACCGAAGUGUGUGUUGGGUCCAGAGGAUGCCUACAACACCAUAGGCUCCGAUAGUAGUAGUAGUAGUGUGAGUACUACUUCUACUUCUACCGCUAGCAACACCGGGCUCUACAUCGGACUAUUCUUCGGGCUCAUCCUGGCGAUAGUCUUCAUAGGAGUGCUAGUCUACUUCAGAAUGUUUUGGGCGCCCAGCCGUACACGUGAACUAACAGUCUUGGCUUCAGGGCAGGUCGCUAAAAUGAGUGGUGGCACUGCCCGGCACUUCCUCAAGAAGGCUCUCCUGCCCCUGACUGGCUGGUGUGACAGUGUUGGCAGUCUGCUGCUUCUUGAAGUCCGGUGUCCCAACCUCACUACAACGCUGACUACUGCCUUAAGUGUGGUAGUGGAGGAUAGAGGCCGAGUGGAGGCUACAGCGGACUAUUCCUGCGAGAAGGGGAGGAGGAUAGUCGGGAAUAGUCAGCGGAAGUGUGGUAGUAAUGGUAUCUGGAGUGGCAGUCAACCGCGCUGUGAAUAUGUGACCUGCGACCUACCACAAGGCUUGGAUAAUGGUAGAAUAGUCCGACUCAACCAGACCCUGGAAUACGGUAGCCUGGUCGAAUAUCACUGUCUACCGGAACACAGGCUGGUCGGGGGGACCUUCCGGAGGUCAUGUGGCGAGCUGGGCGAGUGGUUGGGUGGAGAACCGAAGUGUGUGUUGGGUCCAGAGGAUGCCUACAACACCAUAGGCUCCGAUAGUAGUAGUAGUAGUAGUGUGAGUACUACUUCUACUUCUACCGCUAGCAACACCGGGCUCUACAUCGGACUAUUCUUCGGGCUCAUCCUGGCGAUAGUCUUCAUAGGAGUGCUAGUCUACUUCAGAAUGAGUGUCGAUGAUUUGAUUGAGGCAGUAUUCCUCGGCAAAGUGCAUGACAGCUUUGCCUGGGUCCUCAUGUCUUCCGCUCCUCCAUACACACACUCCAAAUUCCAGUCUGUUAGCGGAAAGUUUAAGUCUGCAAGGCAGUGCCAGUGUUUGGAGUGCCACUGUGCCUGGCCGUCCAGCGCUGCCCGGCACACGAUGGCAUCCAGCUGCCCACCAUUGUCAGGGAGUGCAUUGACCAGAUAGAGGAGCGGGGUCUCCACUGUGAGGGCAUCUACAGGCUGAGUGGCGUCAAGAGCAAAGUACAUCAACUGCGUCGCCUCUACAACACUGGGGAGGGUGUGAGGCUGUGUGACCAGGAGCCGCACGUCAUCGCAUCCCUCCUCAAGCAGUACCUCAGGGAGUUGCCGGAGCCAGUGAUGCCGUCGGACAUGAUGCCACACUUUGAGGACGUAGCGAUCAUUCCUAACCCCGGGGAGCGCGCCGAGGCCAUGCGCCAGCUGAUCAACCGCCUGCCAACCGCCAACCGCCUGCUGCUCCAAUACAUAUUCAAGCAUAUGGGACACAUCAUUGCAAGGGGAGUUGCCGGAGCCAGUGUUGACGUCGGACAUGAUGCCACACUUUGAGGACGUAGCGAUCAUUCCUAACCCCGGGGAGCGCGCCGAGGCCAUGCGCCAGCUGAUCAACCGCCUGCCAACCGCCAACCGCCUGCUGCUCCAAUACAUAUUCAAGCAUAUGGGACACAUCAUUGCAAGGGUGCCUGAGGACGCCUUCCCAUGGACAGCAGCAGGCGACAUCCUCCUGAGGGGCUGCUGUGUGGCGUCCAUCCUCCUUUGUAUAAAGACAAAUACACUUACCUCAACACAACAA